UCCGAGAUCUCCCCAAUGUCCUGCUUUGGGCCCUGCGGAAGGGUGAUGUAACCCCGGGGGCCAGACAAUGACGACGGAUCCUCAAAAUGGUCACCAGAUGCCCCGCCGCAGCUGCCAGCAGAUUCUCUUCGGACCACCGCACGGAGUUGGGGAACACCGGCACCGCCACCAGUGCGGUUGUGUCCAAGCAAACGACCUGCUCCAUCAUGGAGUUAGCUCUAUCUCUCAAAUGUCCAUUGGCUUGCGCGACUUUAGGUUACUGCAAACACGACGUAGGAUGCAAGCGGCUCCUACUGGCUUAUUGCCCGGCUUUGUUAAGUUUUGGCUAUCAAAUUGCUCUGUGGAAAGGCUCGCGGAUGUCCGAGCUGGUGUCAAACUUGCAGCUCAAAGCAACAUCAGGGGGCUCCGUCAAAGUUGUGGCGCGAAGGAAAACUGUUGCAUGUACGUGCGCCAUUGUUGCAUUGCAUUUUUCAAGCUGACGAGUAUGCGCGCGCAUGCGCCAGCUUCAAGGGUUUAGGGUUGAGGACUUUUAGGGCUUUCUCAAAGGAUUUAAGGGUUUGCCCUUGGGGCCUUGGGCCAAACGACGAAGCUUCUGCAAUGCGACGCUGGCAGCAUUGGAGCAAUGGAGGCCGCCUUCUCUCCGGCUCAUAGGACGCUUUGAAUGUUCGUUUCACUUUCAGCAAAGAGAUCCUUCAGCAGGAGGGCAGAGGCGUGUCUUUGCCUCGACAGUGCUGUAGCAGUGGGGAGCGUGGUCCUGUGUGGGCAGCAAGCAAAACGUUUCCACUUCGCUUCAGCUACUGCAAAGGGUCAGGAGGAAACUUAGAGGAUGGCCGCCUCUGAUCUGACCAUAGCUGUUGGGGACAUUCAUGGGCAACUCCCGAAGCUUCUCAAGCUUUGGAGCAACUUGGAAAAGUCGCUGGGGCCAGCAUUUAACACCGCCACUGUGAUCUUCCUUGGUGACUACAACGACCGGGGGCCGCAGGUCGGGGGCGUCCUUGACUGGCUCAUCUUUCUGGAUAAGCGGUACCCAAAGCAGAAGCACGUGUUCCUGGCUGGCAACCAUGACUUCUCCUUUGCUGCUUUCCUGGGUGUCCUGCCCCCACCUCCCGCGGGCUUCUCGUACAAGUCCACCUGGGAGGGGCUGGCUGCCAGAGAGCCGCAGCGGGUAGAGAAGGAGGGCUGGUGGGACGGGGAGGGCGUUGAGGAGGUUCACCUGCAAGGGCGCCGCUGGGCUGGAACGCCCAAGAACAAAACGAAUGCCAAACGGGGCAUGUCCUACAUGGGCUCCAUUUAUGACUCGGCCCCAACGUUCAAGAGCUACGGUGUCGAGCACGGCGACCGCAAGGGCCUGAUCGCAGCCGUUCCCGAGAUGCACAAGGAGUUCCUCCGAAACCUCCUCUGGGUCUACGAGCAACCCGGACCCAGCACGGGGGAAUACACAAAGAUCAUUGCUGUCCAUGCCGGCUUGGAAGCGAGUACGACCGCACCUAUUGAGAAGCAGAUCGAGUUGUUGAAAGCGCGGGACGUAAGAGUUGAGCGAGUUGAAGCGCUCAGCGGGAGGGACAACGUUUUGCAGAACCCGAAGGAACUUGCGGAGGCGGGCGUGCUGCUGAUAAGCGGGCACCACGGGUGGCUAGACGUGCGGGUGAACCGGAUGAUCAUUGAUGAGUGCGGGGGUUUUGAAGAUAAGCCGCUGGCCGCAGUCGUGUUGCCCUCUAGGCAAGUAAUCCGGGACACAGACGUGGUGGCGGAGAGCCAACAUCCGACUUCCAACGUAGGCAAUGCUCAAAUCUGAUUCUCCAACAAUCGUUCGAGACUUCGCGGUUUCCAACAACUCAGUCCUGCCGGCCGGGUACGUUGUGCAACAGAUUGUUGCGACUAGAUUUACCUAGUGAAUGAUCGACUAAGUUACCAUUUCGAUCGAAGGUCGGGACUUGGUACCAUGAUUGCUUGUGCUUUCAAGUCCAUGUGCCAACCGUCUGCAAGCCCGACUGACUCGAUAUUGCAGCUACCCAUGAGC